UUACUAUGAUUAGCAAUGUAUUGAUCAUGUCUUUUAAAAAACGGAACAAACAAAACACCAGAUUAUGCUUUGGAAUUCAAGAGGGGUUAAAACAAAAGAAUCUACUCUAGAUUCCUUCCCACAUAUUUAAUUCUUGUUGGUGAUCCCUUGUAGAUUGCUCACCAAGCAAUGAAAGCUAAUUUUGUACACCAACUAAAAUACACUGCCAAUCAGAACCGAAGUUAUAGACGAAAACUUAGAAAACAGAAGCAUGUGGAAUGCAUAAAUGAUUUGUACAGUGAUACUAUUUUCUCCUACAUUUAAUUGAAAGUGGUGGGCUUUCUAGGAUGAUCAUUCCUGAACAAUUGUGAACAAUACGCGUGAGAACAGAUAUACAAUCUCAAUCACUACCCAACUCUCUAUAAAGAGUUAGAAGGCAGGUCCAUGUGAUGCUUCUGUUCAGACCAAACUGGCUCCCACAGAACCUAGCCAUUCAUUGGCUUUCCUCUCUAUUAGUCCAUCUAUGUAUGCAUACAUAUUACUUUGUCUUGAAGCCAUAUCAUAUUCUUUUCUGGGAACCUUCUUUUUUAAGUUUAUACAGAGUAUUCAAGAUCAAGGAGGGUAGAUUAUUUGGUUAUCAGAUUGGGUACCUUUGUGUCGUGAUGCCUAGUGUCACUAGUGCACUUUUUAAGGACUUGUAAAGUGAUUGUGCAAUACUUAUUCUUGUCCUUGAGCAAGUCAAUAAGCUUGAAUUUGGAACACUGGUGGAAUAACGAUCAAUCUCACAAUCUCCACCCCUGUUUUUGAGAAAAAGACCUUUAGAGAAAAUUUUAGAGGUUUACUCAACUCACUUCCGGUUGUUAUUUGGAGACAAAAGUAGGCCAUGGUUUUUCUGCGGAGUAUACAGAAUGACCAUAUAUCACAUGAAUUUGGAACUCUCACAAAGGCUUGGAAGGCCCACCCAUGUGAUAGGUUAUGAGAAAGUAUCUCUCUAGCAUUGAAUCUCAUCUUUCUGCCUUGUCAAUGUGAUCAUCUAUAUAAAGGUCAUGUAAUUGGGUUCACAAUCAACAAGACUCUUCCACACUCCGGUUAUCAAAAGAAAUUUCCAACUUUUGUACUUCUCUCAAAGUCUAACUAGUUCCUUUCAGAAAAUACUAUAACAUGGGAUUCCGUUUGCCUAGGAUUGUUCAUGCUAAGCAAAGUUUUCGACGAUCUUCAUCAACUGGAAAUGGAUCAUCCACUGUUGACAUUCCAAAGGGUUACUUCACAGUUUACGUUGGUGAGGUACAAAAGAAGCGUUUUGUCAUUCCACUAUCUUACUUGAACCAGCCUUCUUUUCAAGAUUUGUUGAGUCAAGCAGAAGAAGAAUUUGGAUAUGAUCAUCCAAUGGGUGGCAUCACAAUUCCUUGCAGUGAAAAAGAGUUCCUCCUCGAUCUCACUCGGAGUUUGAAUGACUCGUGAAGUAGAGAUUAGCAUUCAGAAAUAGAUUGUAUAGAAAAUGAAUUAGAAUCUAGAAACAAUGUAAACUUUUUUGAAAUGAGGGAACUUGAUUCUUUUGAUUAUUGAAAC